AUGUCCGGCGCUGAGGCUGGCUUUAUCAUUGGCCUCAUUUCGGGCGUGAUAUCAAUCAUUGAGGCAGCCAAAACGGUAUAUGAUGCCGCUGGAAACGUAAAAGGCCAGCCGGAAGCAUUCCGCCAAGUGGCUGCACGACUGCCACUUGUUAUUGAGAUUCUUCGAUGUGCUGAAGAGAGAGUAUCAUCGCUCGAUGAACCGGCACUAGAUGCGAUAGAGCUCAUUCUAGAGUCAUGCAAGGCAAAGGCUGAUGACCUCAACAAAAUAUUCCAUAAAGUGGUUCGAAAAGAUGACGAUAAAUGGUUCGAUCGAUACAAAAAGGCUUUGAGUACAUUGCGGAAAGGGGAAAAGGUAGAGUAUCUGAUGGAAGGGAUACUCAAAGAUACCCAAUUACUUGCAUGCGAGAAGCUGGUGGGAAUUGCUACUGAAGUGCAAGUAAAGGGGCUCGAAGAGGGAAUCAAAGAGAUGAAGGAAAUGCCCUCCUCUCUCCAGGAAGAGAUUGGAAGUGUCACCCAGAACCACAAUGGCAGUGGUAACAAUAAUGCCAACACUGGUGGAGGAGCUAUGCAUGCCGGGACUGGGGAUCUCUUUCACAAUAAAAUUAAUGGGGAUGCAUAUUUUGGCAAUAAUAUCUCAAGCCAGCAAACCGACUCCCAAACCCGAAAGUAUCUCAAAGAUUUAUCGAUGACUGAUCCCCGCGAGGACAAGAUACGUAUUGAGCAGGCGAAGGGUGGUCUGCUGAAGGACUCAUACUGCUGGAUACUUGAAAAUCCCGACUUCCAACAAUGGCGUAGCGACAGCCAGAAACCAUUACUCUGGAUUAAAGGUGAUCCUGGCAAAGGUAAAACGAUGCUCCUCUGCGGUAUUAUCGAUGAGAUAAACAAAAAAAAAGAUCCGACCGCGCUGUUGUCGUACUUUUUCUGCCAGGCCACUGACUCCCGGAUUAACCACGCCACAGCCGUGUUACGGGGUCUGAUCUAUCUGCUUGUUGACCAGAAGCGAUCUCUUAUCUCACAUAUUCAGAAGAGAUAUGAUCAAGGGCCUAAGAAUCCUUUCGAGGGUAUCUUAGAUGAUCUAAAGUUGCAGGGCAGUAUUUACUUGAUCGUUGAUGCUCUCGACGAAUGCGAAACCGACUUGCCAAAAUUGUUGGAUUUCAUUGUGCAGACUUCGUCAAUAUCUCCUCGUAUUAAGUGGAUUGUCUCUAGCCGCAACUUGCCAAAUAUCGAAAGGACUCUCGAUACUGCGACACAGAAGCUAAGGCUUUGUCUCGAGCUUAAUGAAAAAUCCGUCUCUGUUGCUGUUACGAAAUUUAUCCAGCUCAAAGUAAAUCAGCUAACGAUGCGUAGCAAAUACAGCAACGACACACAGGAAGCUAUCCAGCAGUAUUUAACGCUAAACUCAAACGGUACUUUUCUUUGGGUGGCUUUGGUCUGUCAAGAGCUGUCUAAUAUUCCAGGAUGGAAGGCUCAGCAGAAGUUAACAGCAUUUCCGCCUGGACUCGAUGCUCUCUACCAGCGGAUGUUAAGCCAAAUCAUGGAUUCAGAAGAUGCUGAGCUCUGUAUAAGCAUACUAGCGGUCGUUUCAACUGUAUACCGACCCAUCACGCUGGACGAGCUGGUAAUUUCUGUGGAUAUGCCUGACGGAGUUGCAGAUGAUUAUGAAGCUCUAACAGAGAUCAUUGGUCUUUGUGGCUCCUUUUUAACGCUUCGAGAACAUACUAUCUUCUUUGUUCAUCAAUCCGGUAAGGACUAUUUGAUUAAAACGGCAUUUAAAAAUAUGUUUCUUUCUACAAUGGAAGAUGUACAUAAAAGCAUCUUCUCGCGAUCAUUACAGGCUAUGUCUUGCACGCUUCGACGUAACAUCUAUAACUUAGCUGCUCCUGGAAUCUCUAUCGAUCAAAUCAAGCAACCCGGCGUCGAUCCAAUAACUCCUAUAAAGUAUUCAUGCAUCUAUUGGGUUGAUCAUUUAAACAACACGCAUCCUGGACAACAAAAAGAACAACUUCAAGAUAACGAUGAGGUUCAUAAAUUCCUAAAAGUACACUUCCUUCACUGGCUGGAAGCUAUGAGUUUGAUAGGGAAGAUUUCAGAAUGUAUUACUGCAAUAAAAAGUUUGGAAUCUUGUAUCUCGGUUGAGAAAGCUCCUGAACUUUUCGCUUUUACCCACGACGCCAAACGCUUCGUCCUUCACAACCGAAUAGGUUUUGAACAAGCUCCUCUUCAAAUCUAUUGUUCAGCCCUUUUCUUUUCUCCUGAGGAGAGCAUUAUUCGAAAAACAUUUCAAGAAUGUAUCCCCAAUUGGAUUUAUAAGAUAUCAAGAACACGAUCAAAUUGGAGUGCCGCCCUUCAAACACUCGAGGGCCAUUCGGAUUGGGUUAGGUCGAUUGCCUUUUCGCCGGAUGCUCUGGGAUGUCGCAACGGGCGAAUCGCUUCAAACACUCGAGGCCAUUCGCAUUCGGUUGAUUCGGUUGCCUUUUCGCCGGAUGGUAAAGUGGUAGCUUCCGGCUCUUGGGAUCAAACGAUCCGGCUCUGGGAUGUCGCAACGGGCGAAUCGCUUCAAACACUCGAGGGCCAUUCGCUUUCGGUUGAUUCGGUUGCCUUUUCGCCGGAUGGUAAAGUGCUAGCUUCCGGCUCCGGCGAUCAAACGAUUCGGCUCUGGGAUGUCGCAACGGGCGAAUCGCUUCAAACACUCGAGAGCCAUUCGCGUUGGGUUCGCUCGGUUGCCUUUUCGCUGGAUGGUAAAGUGGUAGCUUCCGGCUCUAACGAUCAAACGAUCCAGCUCUGGGAUGUCGCAACAGGCGAAUCCCUUCAAACACUCGAGGGCCAUUCGCGUUCGGUUGAUUCGGUUGCCUUUUCGCCGGAUGGUAAAGUGGUAGCUUCCGGCUCCGAGGAUCGAACGAUCCGGCUCUGGGAUGUCGCAACAGGCGAAUCCCUUCAAACACUUAAGGGCCAUUGGGGUUGGGUUACAUCGGUUGCCUUUUCGCUGGAUGGUAAAGUGAUAGCUUCCGGCUCUAACGAUCAAACGAUCCAGCUCUGGGAUAUCACAACGGGCGAAUCGCUUCAAACACUUAAGGGCCAUUCGCGUUCGGUUGAUUCGGUUGCCUUUUCGCCGGAUGGUAAAGUGGUAGCUUCCGGCUCCGAGGAUCAAACGAUCCGGCUCUGGGAUGUCGCAAUAGGCGAAUCCCUUCAAAUACUCGAGAGCCAUUCGCGUUGGGUUCGCUCGGUUGCCUUUUCGCCGGAUGGUAAAGUGAUAGCUUCCGGCUCCGACGAUCAAACGAUUCGGCUCUGGGAUGUCGGAACGGGCGAAUCGCUUCAAACACUCGAAGGUUAUUCAGGCCAAGAGGCAUCCUCAGCCUUUGAACGCUACUCUAUAUCAAACAACUGGAUAGUUGAAAUAGUAGAUGGAGAAAUGCGAAAUACGGUUUGGCUACCUCCAGACUAUCGACCAUCUAAGACAUCUUGUUAUAAGGGAACUAUAGCCAUAGGACUUCCCUCCGGUAGCAUUUUUAUCUUGAGGCUUAAGUAUGAAGGUUUCAUAUUCUCUAGGUCAAAACAAGCUUUAGUAUAA